CGACUGAACUGUUACCUCAGCUUGUGUGCUGCUAACCAGAGGCUCAAGCGAGAAGUUGCGACUGUUCAGGUCCAAAAAAUGGACUUGGUACUGAAUUCAGCCGAUUAUUAUUUUUUUACACCAUAUGUCUAUUCAGCUUCUUGGAAUGAAGAUAAUCCUUUUCGGCAGCUCAUUAGCCUAUUAAUUAUUACAAAUCUUGGGGCUCUUGUCAUUUACUUUGUUUUUGGUGGUCUCAGUUACUAUUUUGUGUUUGAUCAUUCGCUGAUGAAACAUCCACAGUUCCUUGAGAAUCAAGUACGACGGGAGAUCAUAUUUUCUGUAAAGUCUAUGCCAUGGAUAAGCAUACCCACAGUGGCCCUUUUUUUUGCCGAAGUGCGAGGAUACAGCAGACUUUAUGAUGACAUUUAUAGUUCACCAUAUGGUUGGUUUGGGGUGAUUUUCAGCAUGUUUUCUUUUCUGUUCUUCACGGAUAUGUGCAUUUACUGGAUUCACAAAUUUCUGCACCAUAAGCUAUUUUACAAGCGCUUUCACAAACCUCAUCAUCUUUGGAAAGUGACAACACCUUUCGCCAGUCAUGCGUUUCAUCCAGUAGAUGGGUUUAUGCAGUCUCUCCCGUACCAUAUAUAUCCUUUUAUUUUUCCUCUGCACAAAGUAACCUACCUUGCACUCUACAUUUUUGUCAAUAUUUGGACAGUGUCAAUUCAUGAUGGAGAUUAUCGGGUCCCUAAAUUCCUUGAGCAUGUCAUUAAUGGUUCUGCCCAUCACACUGACCAUCACCUGUUCUUUGACUACAACUUCGGUCAAUAUUUUACUCUUUGGGAUAAAAUAGGAGGUUCCUACAAAAACCCAUCUUCUUUUGAAGGAAAUGGUCCACAUGCUCUCUGCAAGAAACUAGAGGAAGAAAAACAGAAGCCACAGAAAUCUGAGAAAAAAAUGAUGUAAUAUUUCCAAUUCAGAGUUCAGUUAAGAAAAUGGCUACUUACACACAAGUUAUUCUCUUCAGUGGAAACUACAUAGAGAGAGAGUUAGAUUGCAGAUUUUCACCAUUAAAUCACUUAUGAAAUCAGACUAAAUAAUGGCCAAUACUGCAAAAUACAAAAGAAAACCUGCAACAUUUCAAUCUGUUUUCCUUAUAAAGGAAGGCUGUGAAAUGUUCUCAAUAAAACCAGCAUUGAAGCUGUGUGCAUGUAACGCUCGCUGCUGUACUUUCAGAAUAACAAUAGCUGUAAGUCCUUCCGAUCCAUAAGGUACUGAGCAACAGACUAAAGCUAAGGUACUGAGAUUGUUACAAACCCCAGAAGUCCAGUCUUCAAAACAGUGCUUUCUUUGAUAAUCCUGGCCUGUAGUUGAUGUGAUCAUUCUGAGCAAUAUGUUCUUCAAGACGUAAUAAUCACUAGCUGGAAGUGCUAUAUACAGAGCAACACAUUUCUUGAACUCAGGAAUAAAGCCCAUAGAAACUGCUGUUUUAUUUAAAAAACAAACAAACAUAAUUUACAAGGCCUAAAUCCACAAAAAUCACUUUCAUACAAUAUAUACAGUAUAGAUAAUGCUUAUCCCAGUUACAUGCUUAAUUUUUUGCAUUUUUUGAGUGUUUAUCUCUGCAGAAACGUUGCAGCUCUAAAUCAAAGUGGAGGCUUUUAGAAUUUGCUUUUGUUAAAUCCAAUGCAUGAUUUAUAGCUAACAGCCAAUAAAUUCAGUGAUUGGGGCUAAACUGCAUGUACGUUGAUUCCAUCUUAGUUCGGAAUUGUAUCUGCAAACCAAAAAACAUAAUCAAUUAGCUAUUUAGAAAUGUAAACAAAGUUUGGGAAAUUGUACAGUUACAAAAAAUAAAGUAUUACUAGCACAAGCUCCUGGGACACCCACAUAAAAAAAA